GGAUAUAAAUACAGUUGCAGCAGGAGGUGGUUCAAUGUUGUUUUUUAGAUCAGGAAUGUUUGUUGUCGGACCAGAAUCUGCAGGUGCUCAUCCUGGACCUGUAUGUUAUAGAAAAGGUGGUCCUCUUACUGUAACUGAUGGAAAUUUAUGUCUAGGAAGACUAUUACCAGAAUAUUUUCCCAAAAUUUUUGGUAAAACAGAAGAUCAGCCAUUAGAUAAAGAAAGAACCAUAAAAGCUUUUAAGGAAUUGACUGAUGAGAUAAAUUUAUUUCUGAAAAACCAAUCUGAUGAAUCUAAAGCAAAAAGUAUGAGUGUAGAAGAAGUAGCCAUGGGAUUUAUUAAUGUUGCAAAUGAAGCUAUGUGUCGCCCAAUAAGAGCUCUUACUCAGGGAAAAGGUUAUGAUACUUCCCAACAUAUUUUAGCAUGUUUUGGAGGUGCAGGAGGUCAACAUGCCUGUGCAAUUGCUCGCUCUUUGGGUAUGUCAACAGUAUUUAUUCACAGAUAUGCAGGAAUACUUUCAGCUUAUGGUAUGGCUUUAGCAGAUGUUGUUCAUGAAGCUCAAGAACCUUGUGCCCUUGUUUACAAUUCUGAUUCAUAUCAAAUUAUUUGCCAAAGAAUUGACAGUCUGGUUAAUCAAUGUAAAAAUGAAUUGAAAAAACAAGGAUUUGAUGAAUCAUCCAUAAUAACAGAACCAUUUUUACAUAUGAGAUAUGAAAGAACAGACUGUGCUUUGAUGUGUACAUCUAUUGAUUAUCAAAGUGAUCAUGAUACAUAUAAAUAUGGAGAUUUUAAAGCUGCUUUUAUUGGAAAUUACAAGAGAGAAUUUGGUUUUAUCAUCCCUGAUCGUCCAAUUAUUGUCGAUGAUAUAAGAGUUCGUGGCAUCGGUCAAACACACAUUGAUAUAGCUAAAAGUAUCCCACAGAGUACAGAACAAGCUAAGAUAGAAAUGAUAACAAAAUGCUAUUUUGAAGAUGGAUAUCAUGAUACUCCAGUUUAUCUCCUCCAGAAUCUUUUUUAUGGUCAUUGCCUUAAAGGUCCAUGUAUUAUCAUAGAAGCAAAUUGCACUAUUUUAGUAGAACCAGACUGUGAAGCAUAUAUUACUGAAAAGGGAGAUGUAAAAAUUAAGAUUAUGUCUAGUGUAAGAAGAAAAAUUGGAACUGAACUUGACACAAUUCAACUCUCUAUCUUUUCUCAUCGAUUUAUGAGCAUUGCAGAACAAAUGGGAAGAAUUCUUCAAAGGACUUCGAUAUCAACAAAUAUUAAGGAACGUUUGGAUUUUUCAUGUGCUUUAUUUGGACCUGAUGGUGGUCUUGUUUCUAAUGCUCCACAUAUUCCAGUUCAUCUUGGAGCAAUGCAAGAAGCUGUGCAAUUUCAAAUUGGUUAUCUUGAUGGCAAAAUUAAUCAAGGAGAUGUACUUUUAACAAAUCAUCCCUGUGCAGGAGGAAGUCAUUUACCUGAUUUAACAGUUAUUACACCUGUAUUUUAUGGUGAACAACCUAAGCCAAUAUUUUUUGUUGCAAGCAGAGGCCAUCAUGCAGAUAUAGGUGGUAUAUCUCCUGGUUCUAUGCCACCACAUUCUACUAGUCUCUCACAAGAAGGUGCUACAUUUAUUUCUUUUAAGUUAAUAAAAGAUGGAAUUUUUCAAGAGAAAGCUGUAACAGAAAUGUUAAUGGAACCUGGAAAAAUUCCUGGUAGCAGUGGAACAAGAAAUCUUAAAGAUAAUAUUUCUGAUUUAAGAGCACAAGUUGCUGCAAAUCAAAAAGGAAUUAUGUUAGUUACUGAACUGAUUGAUGUAUAUGGUUUGGAUGUGAUACAAGCCUAUAUGAAUCAUAUACAGAACAAUGCAGAAAUUGCUGUUAGAAAUAUGCUGAAAGAAAUUGGUAAUAAAGUUUCAUUCUCAGAUAACUAUGUAAAUUUAUGUGCUGAAGAUUACAUGGAUGAUGGAACAAUGAUUAAACUUCAGAUUCAAAUAGAUAAAAAUCAAGGAACUGCUAUAUUUGAUUUUAAUGAUACUGGUUAUGAAGUAUAUGGAAACUGUAAUGCUCCAAAAGCUGUCACACUGUCUGCAAUAAUAUACUGUUUACGCUGUAUGGUUGGCUAUGAUGUUCCUCUAAAUCAGGGUUGUCUUGCACCUGUAAAAGUUAUCAUUCCAAAAGGAUCAAUAUUGUCACCAUCACAAGAUGCAGCUAUUGUAGGAGGAAAUGUAUUAACAUCACAAAGAAUUGUAGAUGUGGUUUUCAAAGCUUUUAAAUCUUGUGCAGCAUCUCAGGGUUGUAUGAAUAACAUAACUUUUGGAGACAAAGAUGUUGGUUACUAUGAAACUGUUGCUGGUGGUGCUGGAGCUGGUCCAAGCUGGCAUGGUCGUAGUGGUGUACAUACUCAUAUGACUAAUACAAGAAUGACAGAUCCUGAGAUUAUUGAAAAGAGAUAUCCUGUGAUAGUUCGUUGCUUUCAUUUAAAUCCAGACACCGGAGGUAAAGGAGAAUUUUGUGGCGGCGAUGGCAUCGUGCGAGAAUUAUUAUUUCGAAAGGAGUUGGUUCUUUCAGUAUUAACAGAAAGAAGAGUUUUUGCACCUUAUGGAAUGGAAGGUGGAGAGAAUGGCAAAAGAGGUUUGAAUCUUUUGAUAACAAAAAAUGGCCGAGUUAUCAACCUUGGAAGCAAGACGUCUGUAGUCGUUAAAGCCGGUGACAUAUUCCAUUUAGAAACUCCUGGUGGCGGGGGCUACGGUAAACCGGGAGAAAAUGUCGAUCGUUGUACACAAAAGUUGACCACAAUUCGCCAUUUUGUAGAAAAAGGAAGUGUACACGAAUAUCGCCGUAUGCAAGAAACAGCUUAAAAGCUUAAAUGAAUUUUUAUAUAUUAUAGUUUAAUUAUUGUCAAAAGGUCCGAGAGACAAUUAAAUUGUGUUGACAUUAUUCAUUGUCGUUUAC